CGUGCGUGCCCCUGAGGCCUGGGACGUGCCACGUUCGGGGGCGAUAAUUUCGUCAAGGACGAUUUUAUCGGAAAUCAUCAUCGUGAGACAAGAAACUCAAGAAUUAAUCGAGCAUCACUUCCGCGAGACAAAUCUUCCACAAAAAGAUUUUUCGAAGGACUCACGGAAUUUUUUUUCCAUUCUCGUCGACCAUCGAGACAACCCCAGCAAAUUAAAAUGGCUGUGAUUGGUCGAGUUGGGUGAUUACAACGGUAGAACAAUAGGAGAUCACGGUAGUCCGUCCAAGAGGAGUCGUGAGAGUUCGAACUGGUCGUUGAGAAAACGUAGAAACAUUCGGACGAAGGGAUGACCCGGCGUUACGCGCUAGUGCGCGAGAAAUUUUGCUGAUUGCCGGAUUCUGCACCCCGCGGGGUACGCGCGGGGGGGUGGAAAAAGAAAAUCGUCGUCGGGAUUGAGGGCAAGAAGAGUGAAGAGGAAUUUGCCGAGUAAAUCGGGAAAGUGUCCUCGCGAGAGAUGAGGUCCUAUGAUGGCGAGAGUAGCUCGACGGAGGACGACGAUCGAAGAGAGGGCCUGCCGGAGGCACAUCUGCAGCAAGGAUCCUGGCAACGCACCGCGUCACAUCCUACCUGGGCUUGGGAGCAUCGCAAUGCCCAUCCAUUGCCUCCUCAAUCCGCGGCAGCUCUCGAGUCCGUGUACUCGACACCAGGAGCCUCGCACCCGGGUGUGUCAGGCCCCCCGGCAGCGUACUCAUCGGAGCACACUCAAAGCGCACCAGGACGGAGGACUCCACUGGGUACCGUAGGUCUCGGUGGCUUUUACUUUCAGCAGCAACCGCAACCCCACGCCUCGUCGAGCGCAUUGUCUGAUGAAAAUCGGCCGGAUGAGAGACCUUCAGGUUCGCGACUGAAUUGUCCUCCAAAAUCAAAGACGACUCGUCAGGGGAAGCACGACUUGAACGACGCAUUGGACGAGCUUCGCUCCGUCAUCCCUUAUGCUCACAGCCCUUCGGUGAGGAAGCUGUCCAAGAUAGCCACCCUCCUGCUGGCGAAAAAUUACAUUCUUAUGCAAGGAAACGCCUUGGAAGAGCUCCGAAGAGUAAUCGCCGUCUUGCAAUCGCCGCACGCGCACACCACCGCCUUGCCACCCACGCCAGUCUCCUACGACCUCUUGCAGGGAUUCCCCGGCAAGUUGUUCCAAGGGGUGCAGGAGCUGCAGGGACUAUCCGCGAGCGAACCUCAGAUCGUGACCGGCCCUCCGACUGAUGGCACGGUCGCCAGCGGAGAAUCGAAUUAAGGAGUCAAUUUUUUUUGUUUUUUUUCUGCGGCUCCAUUUCUUUUUUAUUUUUCCGUAAAAGACAUGAAUCGAUCGCACGCAAAUUUAAACCAUGCAAUUAAAUCGAUAAAAAUGUCGAAAAGAUCAAAUAGCGAGAUGUACGAUUCAAAGUUUUUAGAAACAAAAAGUGACGAUCGGUAAUUAAUGUAAGAUACGAUGAACGAGAUUUUUAGAGAUGAAGAUAAUGGAAAUACGAAGGCAUUUUUAGAGAUGAAGUACUUUCAAGAAUGGAAACGCCUUUGAACACGAAAGUAUUAAUUAAUAGAGUAUUACUGAAGUGCUGAUUAACUCCUCGAGACAGAGAGAGAAAAAAGAGAGAGAAAGAGAGAAGAAUAGCUUAGCCUUUUAAAUAUUAAGUAUAUCAUUUAUCCAAUCAAAACGCGAAAAAACGAAUCGUACAAUUUUAUCUUUUUCGUGCAAACAACAGGAUUGAAAUAAAUUGUAGUAGACAAAAGAAAUGUCACAUUUAAAGAAUCAAAAAUUAACGUUGAAAUGUUAAAAAAAGACGCUGAAAACAAGAACUAUAUAAUAUAUACAGGGUAGUCCUUAAAUAUACUGAAAGAUUUGAAAGGGCGAUUUCUUACAU